GGAGCAGUCGCCAUUAAGACUAUGGCAUCUCCACUACGGGGAAAGCCUCUCGGAUAAUGAGGGGCUGCCAAAGUUGAGAACAUGAGAAGUCAGAGGACUUAAUGACUUAGUUCUCCCAUAACCUCCUCUUCAAAAAAAAAAGUAUAUUCCUGAGAAGGAAUCGGUGAAGUUUCCACGGCUGUGGUACAAGGAUUUGGAGUUCUGCAUCAACCUACAUUAACGUGUAUCAUUGUAUUCCAGGAUUCCAUUCAGGAUACGUCAGUGAAUUUAGUCAUCAUUUCUCUAUAUUCUCAUCUACAAGGACAGUUCCUCAGUCUUCAUUGGACAUUACAAGGUCAACAUAUUUGAAGAUUACUGGUUCAUUAAGAUGGACACCAAGGAACUGCCCACACUGUUGGAGCUCGCUAUACAGUGUCUAUUGAGUAAUGAGCAUGUAGCAAUUCAAGCUCUGGAGGAGAUCCCAAGGGAGCUUUUUGUUCCAUUGUUCACUGCUGCCUUCACGGGUAGGCACAAGAAUACACUGACAACAAUGGUGAAGGUUUGGCCAUUUACCUGUCUCCAUAUUGGGUCAUUAAGCGUGCAGGAACCCCAGCGUGAACUCCUGAAAGCCAUGAUUGAGAGUCUUCAGUUUCUCCCUGCCCCAAACUCUGCUUCUAGGAGCCCUAAAUUGAGGAUCCUAGAUUUAAGGCAGGAUGUUGGCUGCAAGACUGUAUGUCCCGACAUCAUUACUAAAUCAACCAUUUGUUUACAUUCUUGUGCUUACUCUGAGCACUCUAUCUUCAAAACUGAAGGCCACGAGAGUCUUCCAAGUUCCAAGCCUGAGGCUCAGCCCUCCAGGAUGGCUAUGGAAUUGCUAGUGGACCUUUCCCUUGAUGGCACCUUGAGGGAAAGUGAUUUUUUUGCUUUGCUGCUGAAAAAAGUAGAGCAGAGCCAAGGCUCUCUGCACCUGUGCUGCAGAGAUUUGCAAAUUAAUAGUUUGCAUGAAUGUAGAAAUGCCUUGAGCCACCUGGAUCUGAAAUGUGUUGAUCACCUGGCAAUUGAUCAGGCUUCUCUUAGUGAAGUCACCAACCUUCUAGCUCAUGUGAUACAACUGGACAGAGUUAGUCUGUCUAAAAUCACUUGUAGGUCUUUGAAUGGGAGAACCUUUAGAAACUUUAUCACCCAACUGAGGCGUAUGGAUCACCUAAAGGAGCUCAAUUUGUCUUCAUUCUGCCUCACAGAUCAUCUUGAAAAUGUCCUGAGAGUCCUACCCAAUGGUUUGGAUUUCUUGUAUCUGCCAUUCUGUGGACUUUCUUACAGCGACUUCAAGUUUCUGUCUGAGUGCCCUCAAGCCAGCCAUUUAAAGCUGCUGAAUAUCAGCAACAAUCCAAUGUAUUGGGAAGAUUGUGAGCCAUUUUACUAUCUCCUGCAGAACAUUUCCAGCACCUUGCAGCAUCUGGCAAUUAAUCAUUGCCUUUUAACAGAUUCUACAAUGUCUGUUCUUAUCCCAGCCCUAACCCGCUGUUCUCAACUCCGAGUUCUUAGCUUUUCUUCAAAUCCAAUUACCAUGCCUAUGCUCAUGAGAAUUCUUGAGCUUUUAACACCAUUGACGGAGCUUAAAUAUGUGAUUUAUCCAAUCCCCGUGCAUUGCUAUGGGAGGUGGCAUUUUCAAGGCAGUUUAGACCGACAAAAGCUUGCUGAUGUGCAGACACAAUUGAAAUUAAUGCUACAGGAGGCAGAGAGGCCUGACAUGAAUUGGAUCACUUACUCUGAUUAAAUUACACUACCCAACACAAUUUCAACAUCCUAUGUUCCCUUCAAGUGCUAAUUUUUUUUAAUCCCAUAGACAGAAUAUAUGUUUUUUUUUUAAAUACAGUUGAUAAGUAUAGGUGUGUAACUGAUUUCUAUAGAGAACAACUUACAAGAAAAUGGAGGUCUUUGAGAGUAUCUUUAACUAUUUACUGUUCUUGAUAGCAUUUCAUCUGACCAACUAAAAUUUUUAGGUAGAGGAUAUGGAAAGAUUAUGUCAUGAAAUACCAACACCCUGUCCUCACUGAGAUUUACCUAUGGAUACUUAGUACCAGUUGUGACAAUCUAACCUUUCCUGGAUGUGUUUUUGGAAGCAGAUGGUUAUUGAAACCAACACUUUUUAUUGUGUACAUUAUGUUAAGCUUCUAUAUUUGAGCAUCUGAAUCUGAAUCUAACAGUAAGAAAAAAAUCUGUAACUACUACCAUUAAGUGGCUUAAUUUUUAUUCCAUACUCAUAGAUUAAGGAUUAGUUUGGGAUAUUAUUGUAGACAGCAAGAAUGAAAAGACAAAACAAAUCAAACCACUUCAAACCACUCAGAGACUGAACAUUUCUGUGGUUUAUCAGUUGUUAGUGCAACUAGAAAGGUGUUUUGCACUCUUAGACCCCAAGCUUUAUCUUUCUUAUUCUUGAUACAUAUUCUUUUCAAUACAAAGUGGACGUUAUGAUGUUGGAUCACCUCAGUGGAACUCAGGGAUUCAAUGUUACCAUCUUGGAGGCAUCUUCUCACAUCUGUUUGAUGUCUACCUUCUGUCAUCCUGCAAAAUGCCUGGUAUAAUAGGCUGGUAAGGAAGAGAAGUUUGUUUCCUUGAUUUAGACAUUUCACUAAGGUCGUUUGGGCAGCACUGCUUUGGUGCUUUGGCAAGACAGAACAUGGUAAAGAGCUUUGGCAGAGGGAGAUCCUUUCAACUCAAGAAGUCAGGGAGCAGAGAGAGGAGAAGUCCUCACAGAGCCUUUGGGAGUGUGAUUAUGCUGAUUUGUAUCCUUGAACUAGCCUGCUAUAAAGAUUCUACCACCUACCCUGGAGCCAUUCUUGAACUAGCCUGCUCAAAAAUUUCAACUGCCUGCCAUAGAACCAUCAGCUUGAGACCAAUAUGAACUUGGAAAGACAUUUAGGAGCCCAGCCACAGCACUGACUGUUAUUCCUUUAGGUGAUUUUUUCUUUAUCACUAGUUCCUUCAUGUUAUACCUGACUCAGUUUGAAUAAUCUGCUGAUUUUUUCUACCAACUUUUCCACAAUUGCUAUAAUAUUGUGUAGCAAAUACAUACAUGGAGUUGUUUAUAUUUGAAACUCCAAAUAUGAUUACCCAAAGUAGAAAAGCAUGUACUUUGCUCAAGAUAUAGUGUGAAAAAAGCAUAUAAACUCAAUAAUUAGAUUGUGUUUUUGUUAAUGUAUUGAAAAGUUAAUAUACUACAUAGCAAAAACAGAAAAAGUGCAUUAAAUUUAGUUUCUUCCUGUCACAUCCUGAAAUGUCAACACCACUGGAUUUUAAUGACAGACAAGUUUAAUGAAAAAACUCAUUAGUGCAGUAUUGUUUUUAUAAAUAAACAAAACUGCAUUUUAAAAAUCUAACAAAAAUAUGAAUAACAAAUGUCUAAAUUGCUUCAAGUUUGAAAUUAUACUGGAUUUCAGAUCAACUAACUAAAACUAUGGUUAAAAGCUACAGAAUUUUGUUUAUAGUUCUUACAUGUCAAGAUGAUACUGAACUAUAUUUUGGAGACACAAAACACUAAAAUUUCUCUAAAAAUUAACAUUUGUGUUGAUUACAUUUAUGUGUUAAAAGAUUAUCAAAUUCAAGAAGAAAUUUCAACUAACUAAAACUAUGGUUAAAAGCUACAGAAUUUUGUUUAUAGUUCUUACAUGUCAAGAUGAUACUGAACUAUAUUUUGGAGACACAAAAAACUAAAAUUUCUCUAAAAAAUUAACAUUUGUGUUGAUUACAUUUAUGUGUUAAAAGAUUAUCAAAUUCAAGAAGAAAAGUAAAAGCAACGUACAAAAUUCUGGCUUAUGAUUUGUUAACAAAGCAUUUAAUAGACUUAAAGCAAGAAUGGAGAACUAAUGGCAUUCAUGUUUUUCAUAUUGCUUAUAUGAUAAAACACAGAAUUUUAAAAAUUUACUCAAAUGACAAAUGUAACCAGCAAAUGUUUUAUAAUGCUUCCUUGUUAACAUCACAUUAUUUUGGCAUCUUUUAUUAAAUAAAAUGUUACUAAAAUUU